GAGAGAGAAGUCGAGGUCCCUCAGCUCACAUAAGUCAGUGUGUAUUGAACUCAAGGUAGAGGGAAUGAAGUUAUUACUGUAGAUUUAAAAUACGGCUCAUCUGUUCAGGGACACAGGAUGCUGCCGGUGUUGUGGGCAACUUUACGCACGUCGUCGCGCACGUGAAGUCGGAAGAAAAACGUAUUAAUGGAUGAAUAUUUUUUUUUCUAAUCCAUGCAUUUGAUUUUUUAGGGAUUUUUUUUAAAUUAGCCGUAUCAGUGUAUCUAGCCGUAUCUAGCCGUAUCAGUGUACAAGCGUCAUGCCUAUUGCAGUGUGCUGCGGAUAGACAAUGCGCGCUUCAGGAUGGGAGCGAAUAACGGCAAACAGUGCGGAAGUGAAGGUAAAGGGAGCUCCAGCAUUUCUUCCGACGUGAGCUCCGGCACCGAUCAUACACCCACUAAAGCUCCCAGGAAUGUAACUGCCAGUGAAGACCUGAGCAUGAGGACACAUAGCACCAAGAGUUCUGCUCUGAUCCUGAACUUAAGUCCUUCUCAUCUUUCUCCUCAAACUCUUCCCAAUGGAUAUGAGUCUCCCUCCUCAUCCCCAUCUCCAUCACCAUCUCCCACCAUUCCUAGAGAAACUGUUGCUAUAGUCCAUGCUCCUCCAGGGAACUGCAAAAAAGCCUCCAAAUCUCACUCCAAUGCACACAUUGAAUUUCUUCCAGACCCCAUCUUGUUGCAGAUCUUUGCUCACCUGUCUACGCCACAACUGUGUCAUUGUGCCCGAGUGUGCCACCGCUGGUAUAGCCUGGCCUGGGACCCACGUCUCUGGAGAACCAUCCGACUAAGCGGAGAACUACUCCAUGCCGACAGAGCCCUGAAAGUCCUCACUCAGCGUCUGUGCCAGGACACCCCCAAUGUCUGUCUCACACUGGAGAUGGUGGUAGCGAGCAGAUGCCCGAGGCUGUCUGAUCGUGGCCUGCGCGUGCUAGCUCAGUGUUGUCCUGAGUUACGGCACCUUGAAGUGGCAGGCUGUUAUAACAUUUCUAACGAGGCGGUCUUUGAUGUUGUGUCCCGGUGUCCUAACCUUGAGCAUCUGGAUGUCUCUGGCUGCCCUAAAGUGACAUGUAUAAAUCUGACCCAGGAGAGUUCACUUCCUCUCUCUCCACUCCACGGACAGCAGAUUGGCCUGCGUUAUCUGGACAUGACAGACUGCACAUCUCUGGAGGAUGAAGGCCUACGUGCCAUCGCUCUUCACUGCCCGCUUCUCACUCAUCUCUAUUUGCGCCGCUGCACCUGGCUGACAGAUGAAGCCUUGCGCCAGCUGACUCUUCACUGCCCUGCACUACGCCAGCUCAGCCUGAGUGACUGCCAUUUACUGGGUGACUUCGGCUUGCGUGAGGUGGCCCGCAUGGAGGGUCAGCUCCGCCAUCUGAGUGUGGCACACUGCAGCCGCAUCACUGAUGUAGGCAUGCGCUAUGUGGCACGCUACUGUCCACGUCUGCGCUACCUGAAUGCUCGGGGCUGUGAAGGCAUCACGGAUCAGGGCCUAAACCAUCUUGCUCGCGGCUGCCCUAAGCUGCGGGCGCUGGAUGUGGGCCGAUGCCCAUUGGUUUCAGACAUGGGACUUGAGGUGUUGGCACGUUGUUGCACUGGGCUCAGACGGCUCAGUCUAAAAGGAUGUGAGAGCAUAACAGGCAGAGGGUUGAAGGCAUUAGCUACAGGAUGUCCUGAACUGCAGAUGCUUAAUGUACAGGAGUGUGAGGUGCCUGCGGAGGUGCUGCGGCUGAUACGACGCCACCGCAGACGCUGUGUGAUUGAACACACCAACCCGGCUUUUUACUGAGCACACGGGGGUCUUCUGACAAGCGGUUUAUUUACCGCAGCUUUAUGGUUGAUUGAUCUCAAGCGUGCGCAAGGCUUUAGAUGACAAGGUGUGCAAUAUGUCUGUAAUAAUAAUUACCUUGCCACUACAUGAUGUGUUUAAUAGUAUUUAUCUGAUAAAAAAAGGUUACUGCUAUUUUAUCUAAUGUCUGUUGUUUGACUAGUUUUGAAAGAUGAUAUGUCAGCAAAGCUUUAAUUGAAGUGUUCGAUCUGGACUAAGCCGGGUCUAUGGCAUUACCACUGUCCAAAGGUACUUUUCUUUUGUUUUAAUCUAAAACAUCUGUUUUUUAAUGUUUUUUUAAUUAUGUUUUACAUAUUUGUUUGUAUAAUACUGUUUUGUGGAUAUUUGCACUUUAAAAUUCAUAUAUGACUAUAGCAUUGCAUUAAGAAGAAACAGCUUUUUAAAAACCAUUUUCAAACUUCUUUUGUCUCUUACUAUCAAAUGGGCUGUUGUGCCUUUAAGACCAAUAUAUGUAAAUAACCUUUGUUCUGAUUGGCUUGCUUGUGACAUGUAAAAUAUUAUGGAAAUAUAAGGGAGUGAAUUAGAAUAAUCUAUUACAAAGCUGUAGAAAUGUCAAGAUAAGCCUGUGAAUAGUGACUUUAAAUUAGACAUAAACAUCAGUAGCCCAGAUUAAACUGUAAAACCUCUCCGUCCUACGAAAAUCAGGAGGUUUUACAAUUUUACAAAAACUUAUUAAACAGAUUAAAAUAGUAUAUAUAUUUUUUAUAAACAUAUGUUCCUCAAAACAAAAGUCCUUCUCCUUUCUCAUUUCCAGAUCCUUUAAGGUUAGGGAACAACAACAAAAAAGUUUAGCUGUGUUUUUGUGUUUGCCAACAUCCUCUGUUACAGUAUAUCAGAAUCAGAAUCAGGUUUAUUGGCCAACAAGGAAUUACACACACAAGGAAUUUGGUUCCAGCUGUUUGUGACUCUCAAAAGUGUAUAUUAGCAUAUGUAAAUGCCUUCAUGGUAGUGAUGUCACAUGCUGAAACAGGAUGCAUUUUAGUUUCUAUAUGUUAUAUAUCAACGUCAACAUGGUACAACAAACUGAUAAAAAAAGCAUGUAACAUCUAGUUUUCUAUAAUAUGUGUCCUUUACAUGCCCCUAAUAAUUAAGGCAAUAAAAGAGCUUGGCUAUAA